AUAAAACAAAUAGAAGGUAAUCCAUGUUGAUAAUAUCAUUUUGAUGCUAGUAGCCAUGGUUAUAGAAAAUAAAAUAAUUAUAAUACAAAUGACUUAACAAAGUUAAUGGUUUCGAAGAAAUUUUUUUAAAAUAAGCUUUAGUAAAAAUUGAGUUUUGGGUUAGUGUGUAUAUGUGUGUCCUCCCUCUAAUUACCAAAAAAUGUAAAAAAUGAUAAGGUAGCAACUAUCACCAACUGCUAAAGUAUUUGGAACAACUGUGCAAAAAAAAAUUGGAAAAAUUCAUUGUCUCACAGGAAAAUUAAUACCGCAUUCUAUUUGUUUCUAGAAUUUGUCAGAAAAUUGUCCAAAGUGAAAUAAGUGCCUAUUCCAAUAAUAAUUCUAAAUAUCAUAUAAUACAUGGCAUCUAACCAAGGUUUGAAGUUUGAACACUCAAAUGAUGAAAAAUUAACUUAAUUAAAAUUAAUUUUUACUUUUUAGUAGGUAAACUUUUUUUUGUUGAAGGUAAGGGAACUUAUGAGGGAUCUUGAAUUAAAUGUUUGAGUAUUAGCUAGAUGAAAAGAAACGUUUUUUUGAAUUUCUAGCUACAUGAUAAUUUUCAAAUGUUCAUAAUCUUAACCAAAUUAGAGAAAUUCUAGUUUCAGAUUAUUAUAAAAAUAUGAUUAAGGAUUUAUACUCAAUUUUUUGACCGAGCGAAUAAUAUUUUAUUUACAAUAAUUGAAAAAAACUUUUAAAUAAUCGAAAAUCUGUCUUGGCUAUGAACAGCAUUUGUAUUGCCUUAAAAAGUGACGAUAGACACUUUCCCACCAGAAAAAUUAUUGAAAGUCAAUAUGCUUCUCUCAGAAUCUAAAAUUAUUUAAUGUUAAAAAAAAUUUUUUUCUAAAAUAACUCAUAGUAUCACAAAUUAUAUAUUUUUCGUUUCUAGGAAUAAGCCUAUAAUAUUCUCAUUGUCAUGUCAAAUAACAUAUUUAUUAAAAUAAACAUUGUUCAUACAAUAACAUUUUAUUUUAGUUGUUCUAAGACAUUGAAAGUUAUUAGUUGCUAAUUAUUUAAUAAUAUAGAAUAUCAAAUUGUAUUAAAAAUGAGUAUUGUUGGUCAAGAAGAAAAUACCCAAAAGGUAAAAAAUGAAAUUGUAGAGCUCCAGAAGUACAUACAUUCCAAAAUAUACCGACAAUUGUUGUUGCGUCAACGCAUGGAUGCCAAUUACCAGCGAAUGAUGGAAGAGUGUAUGGUCAACGAGAAGGAAUUGGAAAAAAUUCGCUCGGAAAACUCACGUUAUAAGUUCGUCGGGCAGUGUCUGAUGAAUAAGGCCGUAGAAUUAACCGGUUGCAAAUUCGCAAAGAGUUUAACUAAAUCCGGAAAAGACGACGAUGAAGCAGCUUUACACUUGGAAGUGUGUAGUAACAAACUGUUGGCCGAGCUGGCGACGUACAGGGAGAAGGCCGAGGCGGCGUCCAGAAACUUGGCCGAUGCCAGAGAAAAACUGGCUAAGGCGUCUGAGUUGGAGGAGUGCUUGAAGCGGGGUGCAACAAACCUGACGGUGCUCGCCGAAGCUGACCGGACAAGGAGGGACUGCGAAGAGGCGGAGUUGCGGACGAUGACCAAGCGACUGACGGCCGAGCUGGUGGAAGCGCGGCGUGACGCAGACUUGUUGCGGACAGCCGUGGAAGAGAUGUCGGAAUCGGCGAUGGGGAGCGAUGGGGCGCCGGUCAUGUGCAGUAGCACAGGGCUGCGCGAGGAAAAUAUCCGGUUGCAGGCCGAUUUGAAAACCAACCUGGAGGUAGAGGCCACAUUACACGCCAGAAUUGUUCAGUUGGAGACCACUCUGCAGAAGACUUGCAAGAGGGCUUAGGGGCAGUCUUGCUUGGUCAGACAGCGGACAGUUAGACUACGAAAGCGACAAAAACCAUACGCACGACUUUUUUUUGAACUAUAAAAUUAUCUGAAUAGAUUUUAACUACCUAAUCAAAUGCACGUUUUAUCAUAUUAUACAUUACUACUAGGUUAUAGGUACAAAAACUUAAAACCUAGUUAUAAAAAAAAUGUAUAACUCUAUGUCAACAAAACUCACCAAAAC